AUGGAUAUGGACUAUAUUGCCUUACUUGCCUCUGCACGAUCGAAAUUUGCUCUAUAUGUUUCGAUUCCAACCUGUUUCAUUAGUAUUAUUAGUGAAUUCCUCAGUCUAUUAAUUUUUCUCAGUCUGAAAACAUUUCGUCAAAAUUCUUGUUCAUUCUAUUUAAUGUUUAUGGCAUUAUUUAAUCUUAUUCGACUGACAUGUAGUACAUCAUUCAUCGCUAUAUCAAUGACUUUUUCAACAAAUUUUACAUCGGUUUUGUUGUUCUAUUGUCAAAUAAGAGCUUUUCUUGUUGCGACAUGUAAUUUAUCAGCUUUGAUAUGUUUAUGUUUAUCAGUCAUUGAUCAAUAUUUCGCUACAUGUUUUCGUCCAUCAUGGCAACGAUAUUCAAAUAUUCGAAUUGCUCGUCGAAUGAUGGUAAUAAUAACAUUAAUUUCAUUAUGUCAUGCGACACUUUAUCUUAUCUAUCUCAAUCAGUUAUCACCAACAAAUCCAUCAGUUUGCAUUUCAUCCAAUUCAAUCUUUUCUCAAUAUCAUGUUUAUGGAUUUUUCAUCACAUACGGAAAUGUGUUUCCAUUGAUCGCUGUGAUUUUUGGUUUGUUAGCUUAUCGAAAUGCGCGAAGUUUAUUAACACGAGCAAAUCUAUUUGUUCGACGUGAAUUAGAUAAACAAUUAACAACGAUGGUUCUUGUGGAAAUUUGUGUUUAUGUUUGUACUUAUACGCCAUAUUCAAUAGUAAAUACAGUUUCAGCGUUAAAUACAAAUCGUGACCCAAUUCUUCUUGCUAAAUUGAGUUUAGCUAAUGCGAUUACGCUGACGAUUAGUUUUCUAAGCAAUGGAAAUUCGUUUUAUACUUAUAUGUGUGUUUCGAAAAGAUUUCGUCGACAAGCAAAAUACGUUUUAUAUGAUUUGUACAUUAAUAAAUGUCAACCAAAUCGAAUUAUUCCAGCUAAUACUGAACAUCACGCAGAGACAAGAUGA